GGGCACAAUUUGCGCACACUCAAAAGAGCCUACACCACACCAAAGCCAAGUGGAGCGCUGAGAGAAGACGAGAUAGGCUGGUGGUGGUGGUGAUGAACACAUACCGAAGCUGAGCUCUAUUGUAUCUCUAUACUAGCGUCACAUCACCUCGAGCGCUGCGCGUGGACAGUACUCGCUGCGUUUUUCCUGCGCGUCUCUCCUUUCACCUCACAGAAACCUCGCCGCAGAUGUCAGCCGAUUAGUGAGCACUUUCAUCGCGUUUGCCUUUUUCAGUAGCCCGAAGCAGGAAUCGUCAGACCUCCUUUUGACUCUCCUUUACGACACCAUGGGGAAACAGAACAGCAAGCUGACCCCUGAGGUAAUGGAGGACCUGGUGAAGAACACAGAAUUUAACGAGCAUGAACUAAAACAGUGGUACAAAGGCUUUCUGAAGGAUUGUCCCAGUGGCCGACUCAACCUGGAUGAGUUCCAGCAGCUUUAUGUUAAGUUUUUCCCCUAUGGUGAUGCCUCAAAGUUUGCUCAGCACGCUUUCAGAACCUUCGAUAAGAAUGGAGACGGCACCAUCGACUUCAGAGAGUUUAUCUGUGCCCUGUCCAUCACAUCACGUGGCAGCUUUGAACAGAAACUCAACUGGGCAUUCAACAUGUAUGACCUGGAUGGAGAUGGCAAAAUCACACGAGUUGAGAUGCUUGAGAUCAUUGAGGCAAUAUAUAAGAUGGUGGGGACUGUUAUCAUGAUGAAGAUGAAUGAGGAUGGCCUGACGCCUGAGCAGCGAGUGGACAAAAUCUUUAGUAAGAUGGAUAAGAACAACGACGACCAGAUAUCAUUGGAAGAGUUUAAAGAAGCAGCAAAGAGUGACCCCUCCAUUGUUUUACUUCUGCAGUGUGACCUUCAAAAAUAAGCGUCUCAGAAAAGAGCCAGGGACUGCACAAUGAUUAAUGUUCCAUUCAGUUUGCAGCUAUUUCCACUCAAAAAAUUAGCUUGGACUACCUUUCAAUGAAUCCGCUUCCUGUGUUUGAAACACUUGUGUGCAUGAGAAUGUUCUUUGCUGACAAAUUUCACAUAUGUACACACACAAACACUUUCACACAAACACACACACACACACGAAUGCAUACUUUGCAAAAACAUACACACAUACAGACCAUGCCAUGCACAAUUAGAAUUAUAUGAAUAUUUAUAUAUAUAUAUAUAUAUAUAUAUAUAAUGAAUAUACUGUGUGUGUGUGUGUGUGUGUAUAUAAGGAAUAUCACACAAGCAAGUGUGCAAUAUGGGCCCUACAUUUGGCCGCAAGCCGAGUGCCGUAGGUAAUCACAGCAGUGCUGAUUUAGGAACAUAUAGCAUGAUUGCAAGUGUGAAGUUGCUUAUAUACAACAGUUCAAUGAACAAAUACAUUUUCAAAACUGAGUACGGUCAAGAAAAAUGUAUUUGUGCAUGGAACUACUUUCUUAUGCGUCGGAUCAGAAUCUGCUGUUGCUGGUUCAAAACCAAAUGAUGCGUCCAAGCCUCUGAUAGUAAUUCAAAAUGUAACUUCAGAAAGAGUAUCUGUGCUGUUUCGAACAAGUUAUUUGAUAACCAAGGAUGGAUGUGUGUGUGUGUGUGUGUGUGAGAGAGAGAGAGAGAGAGAGACGGAGUGUGUGUGAUCACCUGUUGCCACACCCAAGCAGAGAUGCUGAAGAUCAGCUUUCUCAGUGGAAAAAUAGCAUUCAAGCGGGGGUAUUUCUCCCUAUUUCGCAGUAGCCGGUGCGCAAGAGUCGAUAUUGUGUAAUUAAUCAGUCUGUUGUGUCUCUCAGCUGUGAUGAGCCGUAAUGCUUAAGUUGUUCAUUUAAAGCCAUUUAAAGCUAUUUCCUAGCUUUAGAAGUGUAUUUUAUUAAGUAUAGUAAGCGAUAAUGAAGAGCUGUUGUAUGUAUAUACAUUGUGUGUGUAUAUAUAUAUAUAUAUAUAUAUAUACACACACACACACACACACACAACACACACACACACGGUAGUGGCCAAAAAUAGUGUCACUCUUGGUAAAUAUGAGCAAAUAAGGCUGUGAAAAAUAUAUCCUUAUUGUUUAUCCUUUUGGUCUGUCAUUCAAAAUAUUCACUAAAAUCUGUCCUCAAAUAGAUAUCAAACUAUUCCGAAUGCAACACAAGUUUUACCAAAAAAUUAUAUUUUUGUCAAAUAUAUGUGUGGCACAAUUAUUGGCACCCUUUUAUUAAAUAUUUUGUGCAACCUCCCUUUGCCAAGAUGACAGCUCUGAGUCUUCUCCUAUAAUCCUAAUGAGGUUGGAGAACGCAUGGCAAGUGAUCUGAGACCAUUCCUCCAUAAAUAAUCUCUCCAGAUCCUUCAAAUUCAGAGGUUCACACUGGUGGACUCUCCUCUUCAGUUCACCACACAGGUUUUCUAUGGGGUUCAGGUCAGGGGACUGGGAUGGCCAUGGCAGGACCUCGAUAUUGUGGUCAGUGAACUAUUUUUGUGUUGAUUUUGAUGUGUGUUUUGGAUCAUUGUCCUGCUGGGAUAUCAAACCACAGUCCAUUUUAAGCUUUCUGGCAGAGGCAGGUUUUGAUUUUUGUAUCAGUUGGUAUUUAAUGAGUCCAUGAUGCCAUGUCCGAACAAGAUGUCCAGGACCUCUGGCAUAAAAACAGCCCCACAACGUUAAAGAUCCACCACCAUAUUUAACUGAGGGCAUGAGGUACUUUUCCAUAUGGCUACCGGUCACAUUUGAAGUUCCAGUAGUGUCUGGCAAACUGAAGAUGCUUGAGUUUGGUGCUGGAUGAGAGCAGAGUCUUUUUUCUUGAAACCCUCCCAAACAACUUGUUGUGAAGUAGGUGAUGUCUGAUUGUAGUUUGGAGACUUUCUGAUCCCAAGACACAACAAGUUCCUGCAAUUCUCCAGCUGUGAUCCUUGGAGCAUUUUUGGCCACCUGAACAAUCCCCCACACCUUGCAUGGAGACAAUAUAGACUUGCAUCCUAUUUCAGGCCGAUUCGUAACACCUCCAGUUGAUUAGAACUUCUUAAUUAUUGCCCUGAUGGUGGAAAUGGGUAUUUUCAAUGCAGUAACUAUUUUCUUAUAGCCACUUCCUAUUUUGUGAAGCUCAACAACUUUUUGCUGCACAUCAUAACUUAAUUCUUUGGUCUUACCCAUUGAGAUAUAUGACUACGGGAAUUUGAGCUUGUGUGUUACCUCAUAUUUAUACCCGUGUGAAACAGAAAGUCAUAGCUGAACAAUUUCAUGUUCCUUGUCACCCAGGUGUACUAAAUAAUGUAAAAUAUGAAUGGGAAUAUACUUCAGAUAUAUUUUACUCAUAAGAAUUUCAAGGGGUGCCAAUAAUUGUGGCAAAUGUGUUUUGGAGAAAAAUAUUUAUUUAAAUUACGAGAUUUUUUUACCCACUAUCAUUUAGUUUUCUUCAAUUAAAGGUUACAUUUUUGUGAAUAUUUUGAAUGAAAGAUAAAAAGGAUAAACAAUAAAGACAUAUUUUUCACAGCCUUCUUUUCUCAUAUUUACCAAGGGUGCAAAUAUUUUUGGCCACUACUGUAUAUAUAUAUAUAUAUAUAUAUAUAUAUAUAUAUAUAUAUAUAUAUAUAUAGAUGUCAAAAUUAACUGCCACUUUCUAUACAGUCCAAAACCACUGGAGCUUGCGCAUCAUUGAUGUGCUGUAUUAAAUGAAGCUACUAUUUAUUGUUCAAGUUUACUGAUGCUAUCUAUGUGUACUGUAUACUACGUAAUGUCAACCAAACUGAUUCUUAUGGUGAUCGUAACUGUUCCAGAUUUACCCACUCGCCUGGAUGGACGAAAACAUUAACUUAAGUCCAUCAACCUUUUCCUUCCAGAUGUUCUUGUACUGCUGGUGAAUAUAAUUGUAGUUUAUUUGCAUGCCAUUAGGUUUGCCUUAAGAGCACUUCCCUAAUUUGCAUCCUGCAUAAAGAAUGAUCACAAGCCUUAUUUCAAAAUAAGCUGUUCAAAAUAUACGUACAAUAGAAUCGGAUGGAAAGCUGGUUUUGCAAAGAUCUUCAACGAUGGUGAUGUCACACCGGACAUGCAUUGGUGAUCCACUGAUGAGGAAAGGCUAUGGGAAGUGCAUUCUCCCUUCUAUGUCUAGCAUGUACUUUACAUAAGAGGGAUUGAAUGUGGCUGACUGAAAUAUGUGAGAACAAUUGAGAACAAUACUAAGACACUGUUUGAUCCAGAGUGAAUUUUAAAUAGGCCAUAGUAUACAUUCAUACUCAUGGUCAAAAUAUUAUGCUAGUCAAUAAAAAGUAUUCCCAUAUUCAGCCAACAAUCUGUGCAGUGAAUUUAAGCAUUUAAGAGUGUCAUCAAAUAUUAAAUAAUUUGCAUAUCAGUUUGCUGAUAUAUGUGGGGCCCCAAGCAUGGAAUUAAUUUAUGAAAAUAAUUUUUGAGUUGUGUCAUUAGGUUUAAAAUUAUGAAAAUACUGAUUGAAAUAUUGAUCUUGCCUCAAAUCUUUUUAAACGACAAACUCAGAUUUUGUACAUGCUGCUCUUAAAGGAGGGCUUCAGCUGAGGGUUUUAUGUUUUAGGGCUCAGACCAAGCUAAGAAUAUCACUCUUUGAAUCCAGACAUUUGCACCAACUGCACAUUUUGGGCACUGACUCCAUUUCUAAAGAAGCACAUCUUCAACUAAGCUUCUGUGCUCCAUUUGAUAUUUGCAUUCAGCCAGUGUUAAGAGUUUUACAAAAACAUAAACUUUGUCAUUGUAAUGUUUACCUAUUUAGCCACCACAACAAAUUCAUGCAAUGGCAACCUUUUCCAACUGAAGAGUUAUUUUGUACAUGAAGCAUGUAUUGUGCCCCUGAUGCCAUGGCUGCACUAUUCCUUGUGUUGUGGUUUAAACUAAUAAAAGAGUAUAUGGGAUGCCUUUUCAAUGUCAGAGUUUGAUUUCAAAUUCUGAAUAUAAAAAUGUGUCUUCCCAGAGGAACACUUUAUUAUGCAAAGGAUUAUUAAUGUAUGCAUUUAUUUUUUAUAGCUUAUGAGGCAUCAUGGAGUUCUCGGUUAUGUUUUAUCCACUUU